AUGAAUACACAUACUCAGUUCGAAGAUUUAUCAAAUGAAAUUUUCUUCGAAAUAUUUGAUUAUUUUCAUGCACUCGAGAUAUUUACUUCAUUCACUUCAUUAAAUCGACGAAUUUCCUCUAUUUUACAAUCGAUUCCACUUCGUAUUAUUAUUUUACCUGAUCAUUGUUGUCGUCAAAUUAAUUUUCUUUCUUCUCAUCUUACAAAUCAUGUUGAUCAAGUUAUUUCAUUAGAAAUUUUUGAUACAAUUUGUGAUUAUGCAUCUAUUAUUAGUAUAUUAUUUAAUCGACAUAAUUUUUGUAAUCUUGAAUCAUGUAUAUUUAUUUCAAUUAGUCCAACAACGAUACUUGAAAACGUUUUUAAACAAAUCAAAAGUCUGAAUAAACUUGUUUCAUUCAGUCUUUAUCAACCAAAUGAUGACAAUAUAUCUGAAAAAGAUAAACAUAAUUUAACUCAAAUUAUGUUAUUACAUAAAUCACCAGUUCUUCGUUCAAUUUCACUUCAAUUUAGUUAUGAUAACAUGCAUAUAUUAAACUUAACUUCGAUACCUUCGAAUCUUAUGUCACUUAAAUUAUGUAUGUCCAAUACAUUACCAAUCUUACCAGUUUAUUCAAUUAUAUCAAUCCUUCGGCUUUGCCAUUCAGUUCGAUAUUUGGGAAUAAUAGUAAUACAUCAAGUUCUAAGUGAAAAUAAUGCUAUCAAUACUUCGAUUCCAUCAAAACCUUUUAAUUAUAAUGAUAUUCCUAUAUUACCACAAAUGAUCUCUUUUGAUUUGACUAUUCUUGUAAAAUGUGAUAGCCGUUCAAUUGCUUCUAUCUUACGCCUUAUGCCAAAUCUUAUUCAUUUUUAUUUUACCAUGGAUAUUCCAGUAGCAACGUGGUCAUAUCCUGGUGAAUUGUUCGACGGUUACGUCUGGCAAGAAAUGUUAGAAAGUUGUGUUCCACGUUUAUCUAAAUUUGAGUUUCAUAUGUCCAUUGCAAAAACAAAUUCAAUAUUAGAUUUAGAUAUUAUUGUAAAUUCAUUUGCAUAUUUUGUAAAAA